AACGAGCCGCCCGGCGCCGAGGAGCGUCCAGCCACCGCACCCCUCCCGACCAUGGGACGCGGCAGUGCCCUGCUGCUGAGUCGUCGUCGUCGUCGUCGUCCGAGCACGGAGACCGAACGCCAGCAGUAGCUAGCAACAUGCGCAGGACUACGGACGGCGGUGACGACUUCACCUUCGCCGCCGCCCAGCCACCACCUCGUCUACUAUCUGCAGUCGGCGGCGGCGGCGGGUGCAUGGGCCCGCCGCUGCUGUACCCAAUCUUCGGCCGGCCGAGGUCCCCGCCGCGGGCUUCUCCGGCCCCGGAGCUGGAGACGGCCACCGCGCGGGUUCCGCUAGGACGGCUUCUACUGGUGGACAGGGAUCCGUCGCCCUCGCCGCCGCCAGCGCCAGCGCCCGCGCCCGCGGACGACGUCGUCGACGACGAAGGCCUCGACUCGGUGCCGGCGGAGAUGUUCUGCCCCUGGUCUCCCGGGUGGUCGGCGUCGGCCGCGGCGGCGGCGUCCUCCCCGGCGCGGUGCAAGAAGAGCGGCUCAACGGGGUCCGUGCUCCGGUGGCGGCCCCGGCUCGUCGUCGGGCGCAGCCAGAGCGACGGCAAGGAGAAGUUCGUCUUCUUCAGCGCCGCCUCCUCCGGCGGGUCGUUCGGGCGCCGGAACCAGAAGGGGCGAGGUGCCGUGGAGGGUGCCAACGGCGCUGCCAGCGCCGGCUCCGCCGGAGCUGGUGCUGCCCACGCCUGGAGCUACUACGUCAAGAACAAUAACGGCGGUGGCGCACGCCGGAGGUCGUUCCUGCCGUACAAGCAGGACCUCGUCGGGCUGUUCGCCAACGCCGCCGUGUUCCGCCGGAGCUACCUCCCGUUCUGAUAUACACACCCAGCCGCAUAUACGUAUACACUCACCCAGCUCACAUAUACUAGCUGGUACGUAUAUGUGAGCGAUUGGUAACUUUUUGGCUGGCUUGUUUAAUUAUUUGCUGGUAAUCAUCAGUUUACUGCAGUGUAACACACAGGGCUCGAUGACAGCUUAUACUUGUGUAGCCGGCCGGUCAGCCGUGAAGUGUGUGUACUGUGCACACUCCAAUAGUGCAUUUUAUUCAGCAUAUAUUCUUAGGUUUUUGUGUGAUGUUCUGCUUGUAGAGCAGGUGGUAUAUAUAUAUUGGAUUAUGUAUCUCAGUAUUUGGUUACGAGACAGCUGUUCUUGUUCUUGGUGACAAAAGGGAAAAAGUGGAGUUAGAGAA